GACCCCACUUCAGCUCACACCCGGCCCCCGGGGAGAGCAGCCGCAGGGCCCACGAGCGCCUUCACCGAGGCGGGGGCGGUGGGCGGUGACCGUCUCCCGACCUUCCGCCUGGUCGCCUCCAUUAGCCUCUUUGUGAGCCGGGAAAACGAAGCUGCUCCGGGAAGUUCACGAACUCGAGCGCCCCAAGGUACCUGCCAGGCGGCCAUCUGGGGGUGAGGUGGGUCUUCUGGUGCAUAUCAUGUCCAGUUUCGAUGAUGCAGACACAGAAGAGACGGUAACUUGUCUCCAUAUGACUGUUUACCAUCCUACCCAGUUGCGAAAUGGAAUAUUUCAAUCAAUAAAGUUUUGUAACAGAGAAAAACUCUCCUCCAGCGAAGUAGUGAAAUUUGGCCGAAAUUCCACCUGUCAUUAUACUUUUCAGGACAAACAGGUUUCCCGAGUUCAGUUUUCUCUGCAGCUGUUUAAGAAGUUUGGCAGCUCAGUUCUCUCUUUUGAAAUUAAAAAUAUGAGUAAGAAGACCAGUCUGAUUGUGGACAGUAGAGAGCUGGGCUACCUAAAUAAAAUGGACCUGCCAUACAAGUGCAUAGUGAGAUUUGGUGAGUAUCAGUUCCUGAUGGAGAAAGAAGAUGGAGAGUCAUUGGAAUUUUUUGAGACUCAAUUUAUUUUGUCUCCAAGAUCACUCUUGGAAGAAAACGACUGGCCACCACAUAAGCCCAUACCUGAGUACGGCAGUUAUUCAUACUGUUCCACACAAAACACUUCUCCUAUAGAAAUGGAUGAAAAUGAAUUGUGAACACAGAGGUCUAAGAGGAGAAACAUGAAGGAUGAAGAGCUUUGGAAACAUUUAAUAAACACUACUUAUUAAGGGUUUAUUAGUGUAGUAUAUUAUAGUCAUCUGUUAUGCUGUCAGAUUUGGGAUUUGGUAUCAUCAUUUUGAAGUCUGUAAAUUAUGUUAGUCAUCAACUUAGUCACCUAUUGUAUUCCUGGGUCUAUUUAGAGUUAUUUUAAGUGUACUUCUGUGAGUGUUAAUGUAUAAAAGAUAUCCUUUGUGAUGAAAUAA